AGAAACGGACAACCCUAAAAGGAGCAAAACAAAAAAAAAAACAGAACAAGAGGACGAAAAAAAUGAAGACAACGACAACAAUGCUCUUGUGUCUCAUCACGAUGCUCCUAAUAGCCUCCGCACAUUCCAAGGAAGAAACGGCUAUGCGUCUCGACAUGAAGCACCGUGACUCACUCUCACCGAAUCCGUCACCUUACCAUCGCAUCGAAGACAUUAUGGGCAUGGACCAGAAGCGUCACAACGUCAUUUCUCAGAAAAUAAAAACAACUAAAGGUGGAGUGAAAAUGUCGCUGGGAUCAGGUUUCGACUACGGAGCGGCCCAGUAUUUCUCGGAGAUCAUGGUUGGAACGCCGGCGAAGAGGUUCAGGGUGGUGGUGGACACAGGGAGCGAGCUGACAUGGGUGAAUUGUAGGUUCCAUGGGCAAGGGCCAGAGAAACUUGAGAAUCGUCAUGUCUUCAGAGCAGAGAAUUCGUCCAGUUUCAGAAAAGUUGGAUGCAUGACGAAGACUUGUUCGGAAGAUUUGGCUAAACUAUUCUCCAUCGCUAUAUGCCCUACCCCUAGAACUCCAUGCGCAUACGAUUACAGAUAUGUUGAUGGAUCAUCAGCACAAGGUGUAUUCGCUAAGGAGACCUUCACUCUUGGUCUCACCAACGGCAGCGUUACUAGUAUCCGUGGCCUCCUCAUUGGCUGCAGCAGCAACUCCGAAGGUGGUGCCAGCUUCCGUGAAACAGACGGUAUCCUUGGUCUAGCCUUGAGCGAUUACUCCUUCACUGCAAAAGCCACUAACAUCUUCGGAGGCAAAUUCUCAUACUGCCUCGUUGACCAUACCUCACACAAAAACGUCUCCAACUAUCUCAUCUUCGGCUCUACCCCCUCGUCUACCACCACCAAAGCCCCCGCAAGACGAACCACUCGGCUUGAUCUCAGUAUCCUUCCUCCCUUCUACGCCGUCAACAUCGUUGGAAUCUCCAUCGGAGAGGAAAUGCUCAACAUCCCUCCACAAGUAUGGGGCGUAAAGAAAGGUGGUGGGACCAUUUUGGACUCAGGAAGCAGCCUCACGUUCUUAGCUGAGGCCGCGUACAAGGCCGUGGUUACAGGGCUACAGCGUCACCUUGUUGGUGUGAAAAGAAUCAAACCAGAAGGACUACCAAUAGAGUUUUGUUAUUAUACCACCAAGUUCGACGACAGAAAGCUGCCACAGCUGACGUUUCAUUUCAAGGGCGGUACUCGUUUCGCGCCUUAUCGUAGAAGCUACCUGAUAAAUGCUGCGCCAGGAAUCAGGUGUUUAGGGUUUGUGGAGGCUAAAGGUGAGGCUACUAAUGUCAUUGGGAAUAUAAUGCAGCAGAAUCAUUUGUGGGAGUUUGAUAUUGCGGCCUCAACUUUGUCUUUUUCUCCUUCUACCUGCCUUUAGAUUGGUGUUUUAUUACUUGACAAAAUUAAAAUUUUUAGUGAAAAAGUAAAUAAUGCUAUCAAAACUUGUUAGAUAGCAUUCAUUUCCUUAAAAUCACUAUUGGGCCUUGUAAAUAAUAGCCUCUUAGUGGGCCGUUGAGAGAGCAGGUUGGGCCCAUCACUUCA